CCCGUAAAUGCCACGAGGUGGGCCCUGAAGCCCCCCUGUUGGCAACUCACGAACUUCCGUAUCCGCACAAGCGACCCCUACCCCAACUAACAACCAGGAUCCAGGGUCGUUUAAUUUAAAGUAGCACUCGGCAUCCUACGUAGUGGGUGGCAGGCAACGUACAUACACUCGAUAUAGUACUAUCUCACCGCAGCGCAGCUUUGCAAAGAUACUGAGAGGAAGAGCUUCCUUUAGAAUGCCGCGUGUUUUCUUUUUUUUUUUUUUUUUGGCGAAUAGGAAUAUAGGAACCAAAGGAAGCGCGUUCGCGUCAGCCAAAAUACUAUCAUCAUAUGCCAAAGUACCAAGAACCCGAGAAUUGGCUGGGGUUUAAGCAAUAACCUCUAAAAGAGAGGCUCUAAACAAGUCACGAUAUUACAACAUCAUAUUGGAUCUAACUUACCGUCUUCCCGGAGAACAUCACAACUCGGGACAUACAACUUAGACUCACCUAAAUCAAAAAAUACGAAAAAAAAAAAAAAAAAAACACCAUCUUCACAAUGGCGCCUACAGAAACACCCCCUCCGCCAACACCUACCUUCCUCAAGCUCUCCUAUCCCGCGCCCCGCGUGCUGCUAAUACGCAUGGACCGCCCCUCCGCGCUCAACGCCAUGUCCACGGCCGCGCAAUGGGAGAUGGACGCGGUGUGGAAAUGGUUCGACGAAGAGGCGCUCCUCAGCGUGGCCGUGAUCACGGGGACGGGGCGGGCCUUCUCCGCCGGCGCCGACCUCAAGGAGUGGAACUCCUCGAUGUCGUCGGACGCGGACCCGGGGAGCAGGAUGGGCAACGCGCCGGCGUUCACGCCGCUGAGCCGGCGGCGGGGGAAGAAGCCGGUGAUCGCGGCGGUCAACGGGCUCGCGAUGGGCGGCGGCUGCGAGUUCGUCGUCAACUGCGACCUCGUCGUCGCCGCGGCGGACGCGCGCUUCGCCCUCCCGGAGGUCCGGCGCGGGAUCGCGGCCAUCGGCGGCGCGCUGCCGCGGCUCAUCCGCACCGUCGGCUUGCAGCGCGCCUCGGAGUUCGCGCUCACGGGGCGCGACGCCACGGCGCAGGAGAUGGAGAUGUGGGGGGUUGUGAACAAGGUGGUUCCGCGGGAGAGGGUGGUGCAGGAGGCGGUCAGGUAUGCGGAGAUGAUCGCGAGGAACAGCCCCGAUGCGAUCGUGUGCACGCGCGCGGGCCUGCGCCAGGGGUGGGAGGUGGCGAGUGUGGAGGGCGCCGUCGAGUGCACGCUUGAGAGGGAGUGGGCGGAGCUGCAGAGGGGGGAGAAUAUGCUGGAGGGGCUCAAGGCGUUUGCGGAGAAGAGGGAGCCGAGGUGGAAGGGGAGUAGGUUGUAGAUUGUGAGUGAUAGUUACCUACC